AAAUUUUUCACUUUCUGAUCACUACAAAUUUUGUGCCCCUUAUAUUUUAUAAAAUUUUUAGAGCAAUAUCAAAAUUUUUAGCGAAGAAUAUAUAUUUUGGUCAAAUAUGUCAAUUAAAAAUUUGUAUAAUAUUGCGUGGGCAAUGAUGUCACCUCAUAUACAGGAUAAUAUAUCGGCAAAUCUGCAGGAUAUGCAAAAUAAGAUAGAAGCUUUGAAGCGCGAAUCGAAUAAAAAUAAAAAUUUUGCCGAAGUAACCAUCCCUCGUAAUCAAUCUGAUAAUCAUCAAUUUGUUGCACAAAAAACUGUAUCAAUGGCAGGCGCAACUGAUAAAGUUUCAUUUUGUCCAAUCAUGGGUUUAUUGAAAUCUAACCAGGGGACAGAUAUGAGUCGCAAUAUUUGCCAAAAACGCAAUUAAAACGUUUCUUACCGGUUGCUUUGAAAAAAUAUAUAGACUAUACCAUAGAAGAAACUGAUUUUGGCAAGGUAACACUCAAAACAGAAAUAUAUUCAAUACUCAUAUGAAAAGCGUUCCUAUCGAGCUAAGAGAAGCCGCAUCAUAGUGGUUUCAGAAUUAGAAGAAUAAGAUGAGUAGGUUAUCCUUUCGGUGCAUGAUCGUCAAGAUUUUACUUUAUACACUGAAAUUCAAAGUUUCUAAUGGAUUGUUUAAUAUUUAUUUUGGAUUGAAGUCGCUUGAAAUAAAGUUAUAGGUAUAUUUCUACCAUAUUUAAAAG